UGAUCUCCCAAUCAUGCAUAUUUGGGGGAAAAUAGGGGUAAAAGCAAUAAAUACAAAACUGUAGGGCGAAAUUUGUAAUAAUAGAGAGUAGUAGGCCAAAAAGAAACCCAAAUACAGUAAAAAAAGACCGGUGUCCUUCAGGCAAAAAGCGACCCGAAUUCAAUAUCUCAGUGAUGGCGGCUUAGGAAAAUUUUUUUUUUUUUUUCAGUUUUUGCAGUUUCUGAAAAAGGAACAAUCAUCCGUUGACUCAAGUGUAGAGUUUUGAUUCAAGGAGCAAAGUUUUUCUCGACCUCACUUCCCAGCUCAUAGUCUCAUUCAAUUCAUCGAACAGGAGCUAACUGGACUUCAAAAUCUAAUCUUAACAAGAGUGGGAGUCUCGGAUAGAAUGGCUGAAGAAGAAUGCGAUGGAGUUGAAGUUGAUUUUGAGGAUGAAGAGGAGCCAGAGUCAGAGACAGAGAAAUUAAAGAAAGAGAAGCGAAAACUUAGAAGGAAGAAGCUGCUGUUAGAAGAAGCUGAGAAGGCUAAAAAUCGCGGGGUAUGCUAUUUGAGCCGGAUACCUCCACAUAUGGAUCCUUUACAACUUCGUCAGAUACUCUCUCAGUAUGGAGAAAUACAAAGAAUAUAUCUUGAACCUGAAAAUGCUGAUGCUCAAGUGAAGCGCAAGCAAGCUGGUGGAUUUCGUGGUCGAGAAUUUUCUGAAGGGUGGGUCGAGUUUGCAAAAAAGGGUGUUGCCAAGAGGGUUGCCAAAAUGUUGAAUGGCGAACAGAUAGGUGGCAGGAAAAGGUCAAAAUUUUAUUAUGAUAUUUGGAAUAUCAAGUACUUGAGUAAAUUCAAAUGGGAUGAUCUUACUGAAGAGCGAGCACACAAGAAAGCCAGCAGGGAGCAAAAACUGGCAUUGGAAUUAUCUGCGGCCAAGAGAGAGCGAGAUUUCUACCUGUCAAAUGUUGAUCAGGCCCGUGCAUUAAAUUCCAUUGCAGAACGGAUGAAGAAGAAGCAGAAGGUCCAACAGGAAUCCGGAGUAACGUCGGAUGUUCUGGUUACCGAUUUUGUACCAAAGGUUAUUCGCCAAUUCCCUCAAAAGAAGCCAGUUUUGAGCAAUGCUGAAGAAAGGAAGCCUAGAUUGUCCAAAGAUCUGUUGGCUGGGAUAUUUGGUGGUGCGGGUGCGGCAGAAUAAACCUGCACUGGGAAGAGGCUGGACAAAUGUUUUUUGUAAGAGCUACAGACACCAAUAUGUUUUAGAAUGUUCAUGAUUUAGUCGUCUACUAAUAUCGGAUAUCUAAAUAUUUUUGGCCUUCUUGGUAACAUCGAUGAACGGUUAAAGCAAGUAAACUUUAGAGACUGUUCUUUUGCACCGUUUGAUAUAGACUUAACUUGAGCUCUCUCCAUCUUUUUUGUUUUCUUCUUCCUGAAAACAAAUUGAUAAUGAAUCCUUUUCCAAGAUGGAUGGAUCGUUGUCAAAUUGCUGGCCGAUCUAAUUCUGUUUUGUCCGAGAUUUUGAG